CAGGCCGGAACCCGGACAGACUUGUUUCUCAUGCUGGCGGCACGCUAGUAGCUGGACCUCCCCUCCCGGGACCCGGGCUCGGCAUGUCCGGCGAGGGACCGUUCGAGGAGAGCUUUGGGCCAAGCUGGUUGGUGCGUUUUUCUUCUCUCGUGCGUGCGCAGCGCGCAGCAGGAACGGCGGAGCAAUGCCUGCCUGCGGCUGCCGCGCUGGUGCCAGGGCGGCAUACGGGCAUGGAACGCGCGCGUGCCCACAACCUGUUUGUGACAAUGUCUUGCAGAGGGCUGUAUUGUACCAGCAAACGGACGGGUAUCAUACCAAGUUGGGCCGGAGUCGGCUCAUCGCCGAUGAAGGUGACAACUGACAAGAGGAAGAAGCCAACAAGCACUUGCUGCAGUCCAGCUCAGUACAGUCCAGUGCGCCUGCUACAAAUCAAAGCUCCUGCACUGCAGCACCAUGCUCUGAUCCCCAUUUAGAGCUGAUCGUCGCGUCGAGCACCCGGCGGCGUCUGUUCGUCCACAGCUAGCCAAUCUCUCUCUCCGGGGGACGAGACGAUGGACAUCAUCAACGGGGCCGUGCUCCCUCGCUGCCACGCCGCCCCCGUCACGGGCGCCGCGGCGGCCUCCGUCGCCGACGCGAGAGUGAGCGGACACCUCCAGCUUCUCCGGCGCGUGCGCUGCAGAGGAAGCGGAAGCGCCAGUGCCGGGCUGCUGCAUGCGACGACGCCCCGAGCCGGCGUGGCAGCGCGCAGGUUCUUCUCCCCACCGCUGGGGAACGGGAACGGGAAUGGGAGGACCAUCGGCUGGCGGCCGGCUCGCUGCACCCACGGCGGCUCCUCCUCCGACGGCGACGGCGCCGCCGCCGCGGACUUCGACGCCCGUGAGGAGGAGUUCGUUGACUCCAGCGUCAUGGAGGCCGUUGAGCUCAGGAGCGUGUCAGACGGCGGUUUCGUCAUCAAGAUGCGCGACGGCAGGAACCUGAGAUGCGUCCAGAACAACCCCCGGGUGCUGAGGCUCCGGGACUCCGCGCCGCACCACGCGAUCGUGCUCAAGAUGGAAGACGGCAGCGACCUUCUGCUCCCCAUCAUCGUCAUGGAGACGCCAAGCAUCAUGCUUCUGGCUGCGCUUCGGAACAUCCGAAUUCCAAGGCCAACCAUCUACAAUGUGGUGCUGGAGAUGACUACAAGGAUGGGAUAUGAGGUGCGUUUGGUGCGGAUCACAGAAAUGGUCCAUGACGCAUACUAUUCUCGACUAUAUCUCGCAAAGGUUGGGAAUGACCAAGACACUAUCAGUUUCGACCUCAAGCCAUCGGAUGCUAUCAACAUUGCUUUCCGCUGCAAGGUCCCUAUACAAGUGAACAGGCGUAUCGCGUAUAACAACGGAUUGAAAGUCCUACAGCCAAAGGCGGCCGGGAGUUAUUUAGGCUCCGACGACAUUCAAAUCACAAGGCUUGACAGGCCUGACGACCAGCAUUGCAGCGAGGCCCAAGAGUUCGAUCUGGUCCGGAACAUGCUCAUUGCUGCCGUAGAAGAACGCUACAAGGAUGCUGCUCAAUACAGAGACCAACUUUCCAUGUUGCGGUCAAAGAAAAAGAACGCGAUAUAGCCAGAUGGGUGCAAAGCUUCAACUUGUUAGAGCUUGAUGGGGGUGUACAGAGGAGGCCUUUUUUGCUGAAGCACGUGAAGCUUCGGCAAACAUCUAAGGAACACCAUGUAAAUACGUACGUAUUACAGAAUUUAUGUAUAGACACACACAUACACGGAGAGCCUAAUUCUGGAUUCUUUAGCUCAUAGUUGCACUGUUGCAGUGAUUGUACUCUAAAAUGCAAAUGACUGUUGUGUACGCCAUGUGCA